GAGUCGACGUCACUGAGGCCACGCGCCUGUGUGUUCGGAGGGGAUAGACGGACGGACUGGGUGAGAGUGAGAUUGAUACAGUGAGACAAAGGGAUACGCUGAGAGACAUUGAUACAGUGAGACAAACGGAUACAUUUAUACAGUGACUGAGCCGCGCGGAGCCUGGGGGCCAUGGAGCGGCGCUGGCGCCAGGACCAACACCAGGAGACCGCCAGCGGCGAGAACGGCCACACCAGCAGCAUGAAGAACGGCAGGAGCCCGCAGAUUCCAGUGGAUGAGGAAGAAAGUGCUAUUGAUGACUGCAAAAAAAUGGGGACACUCUUUGGGGAAAUCAACAAGUGCCUGCUCAGUAUUGGCUUUUCACGGAUGCAUUUUGGUUCUCGAGUUGUUGAGCCAGUUGUAAUGAUUUUCUUUUGGGUCAUGUUGGGUUUCCUUGGUUUACAAGCUUUAACGUUGGUGGGAGCUCUCUGCCUUGUUAUUAUUUUCAUCCAGGAAUAAAAAGUGUAAAAAAAAAGCUUUUUUUCUACUUUGUAUAUGUUAUGUAAUUAUGUUCAAAAUUUGUAUUAAUAUGUAUAUAUUUAUAAAUAUAUACAAUGUAAAGUGCACAAGAAAAUAUACAAAUUUUAAAGUAUUGCAAUAUGUUAUCUUUUUAAGCUUUUUUAUCUUCUUUGCAAAAAUUGUACUGUAUAUAUGCAAUAUUUACAAGGCUUUGGCUGAAAUAUAGUAUUUUUAAUGAAUAUUUUCAUUGUGGGACACAAUACCACUGUCUCCAAGAAAGUUUGUUCAGAAAAGCUCAGGGCAUGAAGUAUGAGAAAUAUUUGUCGUGGUCUUUGACAGACUUGUUAAUUAUUGUGAAGUUAUUUUUACUCCACGUUUGAAGGAAAAUGUUUGCACACGUAUCAGAUUUACCUUUUCAUUACCAAAAAGAAUGGUGCAGUGAACUAUUGUUUGAAGUGUAAUUUUUCUCAUGCAGGUUUUGAUUUUUAUCAAUACUUCAAAAUCUGCUUUGCCAUACUUGGGUAUUUAAAAUAAAACAUCUGUAAAUUGAAGGUGCAAAUUUAUGUGUUGUACACUCUGGUUUGUUUUCCUUCAAUCUUUCCUCUUUCCAUGAACUUUAUUGCCAGCGUUGAAAGAAACAGAAAUCUGCAUUGCUAGGGGAUCAAGCUUGUAAGGAAACAAUGCUUUAAUAAAUGUAUAAAUGUGUCUGUUUGUUUGAAAACUUGAGGAUUUAGAAUUGAAAAUUUUAACAAAGUAACAGUUUCGGGAAAUUGAAGACCUUUUUACUAAUUAGCACAUCUAUUAUAGAUAACAAGGUGUAGAGCUGGGUGAACACAGCAGGCCAAGCAGCAGCAUAGGAGCAAGAAAGCUAAUGUUUCGGGCCUAGACCCUUUUGAAGAGGAUCUCGACCCAAAACGUCAGCCUUAAUGCUCUUAUGAUGCUGCUUGGCUUGCUGUGUUUAUCCAGCUCUACACCUUGUUAUCUCAGAUUCUCCAGCAUCUGCAGUUCCUACUAUCUCUUAGCUCAUCUAUUGACAGUUUUCAUAGAACAUAGUACAAUAAAGCACAGGAACAGGCCCAUCAACCCACAAUGUUGUGCCAAACAUGAUGCCAAGUUAAACAAAUCCCUUCUGCCUACUCUUGGCCCAUGUCCUUUCAUUUCUUGAAUAUUCAUGUGCUUAUCUAAAAGCCCCUUAAGUGCCCCUAUCCUAACUGCCUGUUCAUACAUUUUUUAAGUCCCGUUGGCUGACCCGAACCCCUCAUAAUUCCUGCUUGAAACUGUUCAGGGUUCUUUAUUCAAUACUCGUGCCAGAAAUCAGUUCAAAAUUUCUGAUGACCUCUCUCACUAUAAAAAUAAACUUCCUCCUACAUUUCCUUUUAUUGGUAUCUGAUUUGAUAAGUAUGACUUAUCGGUGUGUAUUUUGCUUCUAAAAUGUAUGUGUAUAAUUUAUAUUCAAAAAAUCUAAUGUCCCCUUCCAGGAUAGCAUGCCCUUCAGCAUUUUCAAAGUUUUGAAAUCUUUUAUGGUAUAUGUGUAUUUCUGCGAGAUAGAUGAUAAAUUCACAUCUGAAGGGACAUGCUUGGGUUCUGACUUACGGAAAUUCUUUGCUUGGUGUCGAUAUGGCUGUAUCUAAAAUGGCUCAAAACUUGUAUAGCUUAAGAAAAUUAAAUUAUAAUUUGUGCUCUGAA